CAAGAGGUCUCCAGGCUGCAGCCAUACACUCUUGUGGAGGUCACACGGCGGGAAAUUAAAAUAGUCGCGAGCGCACUUCCUGUGUGCCUACACCGCCGGAGGCUGUGUGAACUCUUGUGGAGCAAGGUCAAGAUGAGCAUCAGUGCUAAGUAACAAGCCAAAAUGAGUCACAUCAGGAACAUAAAAGAAAUGCUCAGCAUCCAACACAACAGGAAUAUGGCUACUAAUGGAUACUCCAAUUUUAUGGACUCUCAGUUGUUCUUUGGGUCCCAGUUUUGGCCUGAAAACUCUCAAGGUGCAUCCCAAGAAAUGAGUCUGUCAUCAAGGACCUCUCAACAGAGUUCACAAGAGGGCAGUGACCCAAAGUUUUUGAGCAGUUAUCAUACCAAACCUCUCCUGUUUGGAGACUUCAAGGAUAAAAGCAAAGCUUUUGGGGUACUGGAUAAAUUUGAGGAGGACAGGAAAAAGGCAAAAGAAAGAACCGACAGUGAUUAUCUGACUAAAGAACUUCAUAAUUUUCGAGAAAAUCUUUGCAAUAUCCAACAAAUAGUUGCCAGCACAGAGAGAAAUACUGCUGUGUACCAAACUGUCCUUGAGCAAUUUGACAAAUUUUCAUCAACAUUGCAAAAUAAUAUCAGCAGUCUCCAGAGUAUCAUUUCACAACAGUUUGACACUUUGCUGGAUAAAGUGAACUCCCAGAAAGAGAUCACAACAGAACUGGAGGAAAAAGUUAAAAAGGGAGGAGAACAUUCAGCAGAGCUUUGUUCAAACCUGAAAUGCUUAAAGAAAAGUCUGGAUUGUAUGAGCAAGGAGCAGGAAAGAGAACGAAACAUGCUCGAAGAGGUUCUUAAGCUGAUCAGCACUUUAGCCUCAGAGCGCUCAUCCAAACCCAGCGCCAAAGGAAUGGUGGACAGUGCCAUCCAGACGUCACCAGGGCUGGACCAGCAAAUCUCAAAUACUCUGCAGAACAACCAGCUCGAGGCAACACAGCUAACACGAGAAUCAAACAACCUUGAAGGCAAUCAGACUAGCUUUGUACUUCAGAAUCCCAGCCGCAUUUAUGUGAAGAAGAAAUUCACUCCAACAGCUCAUAGGCGUCACAAAAAGAGGCCGCUGGUACCUUCGCGGAGGAAUAAUCAGCCUGUCAUGGAUGAAAACAGUCAGCCUCUCUUGAACCGUAACAAAAAACAAAAUGUUCUCUGUGAGCGUUAUGAUAUAAACACAUUAAACAACCAGGAUGCUCCAAACCCAAGCUGUCGCAAACCACUGCAAAAGGAGACCAGAUCCAAAGUAGAAGGACGUGUCAUCAUGCCGUUAAACUGCUGGUCUCAGGACAGCAGCAGCUCUCUGUGCCCUGUAGGAAUUGAUCCCAUCCUAGAGAUGCUCUCAGCAGAGUCCUGGACCGGAACCCCGGUGAAACAAGAAGGCCUUUUGCAACUGUUUGACAUGGAUUCAGCAUUCGAAUUUUAGACAAUGAAAGGGCUAUGAGGGGUGAAACAUUGAAGUUCCUUUUUGCGUAUGUAGUAGAAGAAAAGGCAAGGAUGUACUAUAUUUAACCCCUCUCCCAUAUGUUCUCUUUGUUGUAGAUUUAUUCUGUUAAUCUAGUUUACAUAGAAAAUAUAUCAGAUAUUUUUGUAAUGGUUAACUUCUUGUGGAAGAGCUGUGGAAAGAAAAUGUAACAUGAUAAUAAAGCUUAGAGCCAUAA